AUGUCCAACUCACCAACUAUAGAGUCCUCGCAGGACAUUGACUCUGCGUCUGAAAGCAAACAUAGAUUGUCUUACGUCGACCAGGAUAUAUCUAAUGAACAAGCCUUUCAUCAAACGCAUCGUAGUGAAGCACCAGAUGGAGGAAUCAGGGCAUGGCUUGCAGUUUUUGCGCAAGUACAUGUUUAUUUGAUGGAAAUAGUCACUGACGUCUUGGAUUACAGCACCGCAUUGAUUUCAUUCUCUACGUUCGGUUUUUUAAAUUCAUGGGGUAUCUUCCAAGCAUACUAUGAGGAAAAUCUACUGGUUCACACUCCACCUUCAACUAUAGCAUGGAUCGGUUCUACGCAGGCAUGUCUAAUUCUGUAUGCACUCGUGUACCUUCCGUCUUUUGCAACGGGGAGACUGUUCGACUUGGGAUACUUCAAAAUACCGUUUUUCGCCGCUAGCUGCGUCCUCGUCGCGUGCACGUUCCUAAUUGCGGAAUGCACUCAAUUCUGGCAGCUCUUCUUGACACAGGGCGUCGGCCUGGGAGUGGGCUGCGGUUUCCUAUUUAGUCCUGCAAUCGUCAUUGUGUCACAAUGGUUCUCUAAGAAACGUGGAUUGGCUUUGUCACUCACUACCGUUGGGGCUGCGCUCGGCAGCAUCUUAUUUCCUGUAGCGGCACAAAAUUUGAUUCUGUCAAUUGGAUUUAGAUGGACAGUUCGUGUAUUUGGAUUCAUUCUGACGGUUACAAUGGGGACAGCCAACAUAUUUCUCAAACGGAGACUUCCGCCCAUCAACGUUAGCGGGGGACUCUUCAAUCUUAAAGCAUUCCGCAACAGAGCAUAUUUCACCUAUUGCGUUUCAGGAAUUGUGAUACUUUUAGGUCUUUAUACAGAGUUAACAUAUAUCUCUGUGAGCGCUGUAACAAUCGGCAUCUCCAAAGAUUUCUCGUUCUAUAUAAUUGCGAUUGCUAAUGCAGCAUCUGCAUUUGGACGCGUGUCAUCUGGACUGUUGGCAGAUAGAAUUGGCGCACUCAAUACCAUGGCAAUUUACACAGCUAUUACGGGAAUCACGACAAUCGCUUGGCCAUUUGCUAAAGACGAAUCGCAGCUCAUUGCAAUAGCCAUCAUUCACGGGUUCUCCAUCGGAGCAUAUAUAUGUCUGUACUCUGUACCUGUUGUGGCAAUGGGGAAAAUGGAAGACGCGGGUCGUCGAGUGGGGAUGUUCAUGUCUCUCAUUGGUUUCGGAGGCAUUGCAGGUCCUCCAAUAUCGGGUGCAAUUUCUACCGCGACAGGAGGCUUCGCUGGUGCGGGUUAUUAUGCAGGCAGGUUUACGACAUAG